UGGGGCCGAGGCGUUACUUGCGGUGUCGUCAGAUCCGCUCUCCCUCUGGCCCACCAUCUUGUUGGCUGCCUCGUGUCUGCGAUUUCCGCGGCUCCGGUAACGGACAGACACGACCCACCGGACUCUCAAGAUGAAAGAAAUUACAAUGAAUCAAGAAAAGCUUGCCAAGUUGCAAGCUCAAGUGCGUAUUGGUGGAAAGGGUACUGCCCGCAGAAAGAAGAAAGUUGUCCACAGAACAGCAACAGCAGAUGACAAAAAACUCCAAUUCUCUUUAAAAAAGCUUGGUGUGAAUAAUAUUUCUGGCAUUGAAGAGGUGAACAUGUUCACAAACCAGGGAACAGUUAUUCAUUUCAAUAAUCCUAAAGUUCAGGCUUCGCUUGCUGCAAAUACAUUUACGAUCACAGGGCAUGCAGAGACUAAACAGCUGACCGAGAUGUUGCCCAGUAUCCUGAAUCAACUUGGAGCUGAUAGUUUGACCAGCUUGAGGCGGCUGGCAGAGUCACUACCUAAACAACCUGUAGACAGCAAAGCACCACUUGCUACUGGUGAAGAGGAUGAUGAUGAAGUUCCAGAUCUAGUUGAAAAUUUUGAUGAAGCUUCAAAGAACGAAGCAAGUUGAACAGAAGUUGACAUCUGAAGAUGCAAAUUUGAACUGGCAUCAGGGAGUUACCCUUUGUAUUAGUUCUUUUUUCUUUUGUAAUCUUGCUUUUUUAUUGUGAUAUUUCAUGGUUUUGCAAUCAUUUGGUGGCAGACUUACUUUUUUUAACCAUGGCAGAUCUUCUAAUACGGAGUGGUAUGAAUGGAAUGUUUACUAACUUUGCAGCUUGGUUAAAACAAAAUGAGUCAGACUGAAUCUAGCACUGUGGAUUGGAAAUAAAGGAGAAAAGUGUCUAUUUUGGUGUAUUUAAUUACAGAUUGUAGAAAUGUUUGGGUAAAACCAAAGCUAGAAAAACGUAACUUUUUCCACUUAUGGGAAUUUAAAUAUUUAACUUUUGAUCUGCUUCAUAUUUCUCAGUUGUCUGCAGAAAUGUGGACUACUGAUUGAUUUGUCACUUGUUUGAAAUAUGUGAUGUCAGUUUGAGAAGCCAGCUGACAUUAUAAUAGCAUUCCUGUUUCUGGAUUUCUGUGGAUUAAGUAUUAAAAAUUACUAGAAGGUGAACUGUACUGGAUUACUGACCCCAAAUUACCAUAGUUUAACAAAUGGAAACAAGUGAUAACAAGUGAUUUGUUUGAAUUGUGCUUUGAAAAUUUAGAUAUGGUAAAUUCAUUAAGGUUUAAAAAUUUAAGCUAUUUUUAUGGUUUAAAUAUUGCUCAACUCUGAAUUUGAUACAGGAAUUAUCUUUCUGCAUGCUGAAAUUGCUGUCAGAGGCAAAAGGAUGGCUGAGUUAUUACAAGAACUGAAAGAAUAUGGAGCAGAUGCACUGUAAAAUUUACUAAUCGUUUCUUCAACAUUUGAACUAUAAUGCUUUUGUUGCUCCCUUUUUCUUUCCUCUCCUCAAAGUCCAAUUCAGUUUCCAAGUAUGACUCGUCAAUCAGUGAGGUUGAACUUAAAAUGUAUGAAAAUGUACUUGAGACCUUUCUGGAAAGACUGAAAUAGGUGAAGUGGAGCAUACCAGCUUUUCACUAUUUUUUUUCACUCUUUUUGGGAGGAUAAUUGCAAACCAGAUGUAAGUGCUUUCACCACAUUCACGUGUUGAAAACAAUAUUGCUAAAGUUGUAAUAGACAACCUCCUAGUUGUUGCCACCAAUCAGCCUGAGUUACUGUGCUCCAACGAACGUCUUAGAAAACAUGUAAAUUCUCUUAGUAAAUAAAAGUGUUCAGUAAUCAAAUAAAAUGGUUGACUGAAAAUGGCUUUUUGGCAUUAGGCAUCCGAAUAUUUGAAAUUAAAUGCCCAUUUGUGACAAAGGGGAUUAUUCGUAAAUAAGUUUUUCAGAAAUUCCAAUAGCUAUUAUUUGUUAAUGUUUACAACUUGGUAAUUGGGUCUUAGUAGGAGCUGCCAACUUGUAUGUAUAAUUGCUGCCCUUUCGUGCUUUACAGUACAUGUCUUAGCUUUCCAUAUGUGUAUAAUGUUCACAUUUUUCCCAAAGCAUAUGAGAAUCUUGUGUUUACUUGAUGUUAACAGCAAAGGGAUUCUCAUUGUGUAACUUGGCAUUUGGUUUGUGCAAUGUAAACUUAAUAUUUUUCAUUCUAUAACAGCUAUUUCUCUUCGGAGUAAAUAUGGUACAAGUUCAUGGAAUAAAAACAAUGGACAUC